AUGGAACGACAAAAGCCGACCAAGCUGGCUAAAUCCUGUAUUCCGUGCCGCAACCACAAGAUCAAGUGUGAUGCUCCAGUCCGGGGUUUGCCAUGCAGCAAUUGUACGCGCAGGUCAAGUCAUGAGAGGUGUAUUCUUCCAACAAGAAAACGCCGAGAGUUGUUGGUUUCCCGUGCGGGUUCUCGGGAGACGCGUACUGACUUUUGCCAUUUCAGGAGCACGGCGCAGGCGUCUGAUCAGAUCUCGACAUCUAGUCACGCUACACCCUGUAGCAAUCCACCCGAAUCGACAACUGUCGCUCAGACGCGUCCCGUCACCGAUCUGUCGGAUAAAUGCCGAGAUCUAACGAAAUACCAGAUCAGCUUGAACUACAUCAACAUUUUAGAACAAGUCGACAAUAAUGGAACUCAAUGCCACGAUCGAUCUAACCUCCUUGUCGAGGAAAGCCGUCAUUCGGCAAGCAGCUCAAGCAAUUCAUACUCAAACACAAUAUCUCGACAACUAGACCCCGUCGACCAGGUCUUUCUCGUUGGGAAGGGUGCCUUCGAUAUCCCUCCCCAGCAUUGCGUGCAAGUUUCUAUCUCGAUUCUGCAAUCGUAUUUCAACUUUGUCGAUCCUUUCGCGCCCAUUAUGGACAGAACUAGUUUCAUUCGCGCUUACAAGUCCGGAUGCUACUCCCUCUUCCUGAUGAAUGCUGCUCUUGCUAGUGGAUCCCUCCAUGUGUCUUCAUAUAUCAUCUCAGAAUGCGGCUUUAGAAGUCGGCCGGAGGCACAGGCUAGCUUCUCAUCCAAGGCGACGCUGCUCUACGACUUUGGAUGCGAGACAAAUUCCUUGCAUUUACUUCAAGGCUGUGUACUGCUGGGGGGUGUGUCGAUUCCCUCCGUUGAAAAGGAUUGCCGUUACUGGCUAUACAACUCGGUUCGUCUAAUCACAAAAACGGAUCUUCACAAGGAGAUAUCGCACUGUCAAGCAACCACGUUUACUAAUGUUGACAAGUGUCGUGACGUACACUAUACGUAUAUAGGUACACAGAGGGCUGGCAUAGUUAGCCAACUCAGGUGUAAUCUCUCCCCGCUUACACCCGAUGACUGGGAGCCCGAAACCAUUCCGGACGAUUGCGCCUCAGUCUUGAAGCCGCUGAAAAGUCAACAGAUACUGGGUUUCAUAUCAUAUUGGCAGCUUGCAGUAAUAGGUACGCACAGUGUUGAAUGGGGGACUUUGAACUCCACUGACAGGGUAGUGAAUCAAUGCUUGACCGACCACGACGACCGAGAUCCCGAGAGAGUGAUCCAACCGCUUGAAGCCUGGCGGAUUUCUGUACGAGAGACCUUCCAGACGAACAACCAGUCACAGCUCGAUAUGAUGUGUUCUUUUCUUCUGGCUAGUAGCUAUCGCUUCGAGUGUAUUCUUCUACGUCUCCUACGUCCGAAGUGGAAGUCUCUAAACCCAGAACGAAGCGAAUGGGCCAGACGUCAGCUACGUUGCGCUAUGUUUGAGCUUGAUACUAUCGCAGGGAGGAUGUUGGCCUGUGAUACUCUUCAAGAAGCACCGUUGGCAUUCUGCACCUGCAUACCUAUUCUGCUUGCCCUCCACGUCGAAACCGUGUUGGACAGUACCGAAUCUGAGGUCAACCAGUCUCUGUCUCGAGUAUCAAUUAGUAGGGUCAUGUUGAUUCUCAGGCGCAUGAAAGAUAUUCCAUCCAUAGGGCAAGUGCUAGUGGUCUUCGAACAAGUUCUUGCAAAGCACAACCUGGCAUCACCUUCAACGGAUGUUAGUGGCUCCGUUUCUGUCGAGGCACAUCCAGAAUCGGCUGGUAAGACAGGACAUGAUCCAGCAUGGCACGGGAGUUUUCCCGCGAUGGGGUGGCUCGAUCUUCUCGAGUUGGACGAUCCCAUGCUCGGGGAUUUAUCGAUCUUUGAAUCCACGUGUAGUUGA